GUAACUAAAACCGCUAUUUUAGACUAAAAAGCAGUAUAAUCGAAUCUACACCUACAAAAGCAACCAAACAGAAAAUCAAACACUACUCAUCAAUAUUUUUUUUACAAAUCAACCACGGAAAAUACUCAAAAAAUUGAAAUCUUUCACCGAAACCAAUAAAUCGCGACAUUAAUCUUAGUGUUAUCGAGAAAAAAGCCUUAAAGAAAAAAUUGUAAUGCAAUUGUGAUCUCCAAGUUUAUUUCUUUUCAUUUUUUGUUUGAGAACAAAAACAAAAGUAAAACAGUGUUUUAAAAACGAAAAAGGUAUUGAGGAACAGAAGUUAUAACAAAACAACUCAGCACGCAUUUACGACAUUUCUUUGGAACCAAGAACGAAAAAUAUUAAAAAAAAAUCCAUCACCAUCGGACACAGCCUGAAAUCAGAAACGGAAACACCGACAGUCACAUCCGCCCGGUGGAGCAGCCACCAGUUGGCACCGGCAAUAGUAGCAGCAGCAGCAGCGGGCCUGGCUUCUGACUUGCAACGGGACGAUUCAAAACAGAAGUAAGCGGUCAGCAAAACCAGUAGCUGCAGCUUACGAGUAACAACAACAUCCUUUGGAUCGCGUAAGGGCAUAAAAGUGUAGAAAAAGUGAGUGUUUCCAAUAGAUAGGCAAAGACUAACCAGAAAAGUCAUAGUGUACAAGGAUAACACCAAAAUUUGAUAACCAAGCUACGCAAGUGACUACGAUUAGAAGUAAACAUAAAAGAACAGAAGCCAAAAAAGCAAAGCAACAAGUAUUGUUUAUUGAUUUUUCUAUAGUUUCGCUAUCGCCAACAACUACUGCACUACAUCUGCUCGAGAACUACUAGAGUUUUGAUUUUGGUGUCGUGGGAACUAUCGUUAUCUGGACUAGUGGAAAACUAAUAAAAAAAUAAACGUUUUAUUCAGUUUCGAAUAUUGUUCGAAUAGAACUACCACAAAAGACAGUUAGCAGCGGCAGUGCUUUCACGUUUGCAUAAACAGAUAAGCAACGCGCGGACAAUAGUGAACGAUUCGGAAAAACUACAACUAGUACAAAGCAUCAGAAAAAAACCGUUUCAAACCAGCAAAAAUAACAUUUCAUUAAGUUAAAUUCAGUUUUAAAUCGCUAAGACUAGCAUAGUUUGGUGACAUCCUUUGAUAACGAUAAGACUUUAACUUCUCAGUAAAGAGAAGCAAGUGACGUGAGCGAAGAGUAAGGAAAUGUGGACAGUGAGCUGCGUUUGAAAAAAAAAACAUUAACGUGAACGUUCAGUGAAGGAAUAAUCCGUUUUAUACGAAGAAGCAUCAUAGGAAAUAUUUAACAAAAUCGUAAAAGUCUAAAGUGGAAAAACAAAUGAGAAAUUUAAAAUUCUGAAAUAUGUAUAAAGAAUACAAAUAAAACCAUUCUGUGAUAAAAUUUAAAAAAUAAACAAGUAAACAAAAAAUAAGCUACGUUUAUUGAUGCAAAACUAAGUUUAAGCUACGAAGUAAGUGAAAACCCCCUCCCCUGCAAUAGGGUGCCACACGAAACACAAACUGUGAGAACAAAACGAAAAAAAUAACUAAAAGUGACUGUAAAGCAGACAAAGAACAAUAACACUUCCUACCGUAACAAGGUGUGAACCGUAAAACUUGAAAGACUUGAAGUGAAUAGAAGUGAUUAAACUAAAAGUAUAACAAAACAUUGAAGCAAAGAAAACAAAACCAUAACCGGACAGUGAUUCCUUUUACAUCGUAGAAAUUAUUUGCCGUUAAGUAACCUACUAGCUUUUAUUUAAACGAAUUUCCUCUUGUUUUCUAAUGGUUAAGUUGUGUUUGUGAGUUUUUUUUAUUUUGGAAGACAUUUUGCCGUGAGAAGAGCAUACACAAGUGGCAGGCGAAAGAAUUUUAUAUCAGCUAGUUCCGGCAGGUAGAAUACAAACCGGCAAAGUGGACGCAUUAUCACGCUCUAGACGUGUGGUGGGGCCGAUUCCUGAGACGCUGUUGAACAUGGGAAGUCAAACGAAGCCUUUCCGCUCCGGGGAUGCCUCGUUCUUGGACUACGUUGACUACAGUCAGCGGGAGAUGUUCUUCAGCGGCCAGGGCAAUCCACCGACUGCGUCCAGGACCCCUAUGACACCGUCGAACUCGUUCCCGCCAAUCGGCACUUUUACGCUCGAGUCGGCUAGCAUGGGAGGCGCAUCGGCUCCUCCGAAUCAGAAUGCCGUUUUCGGUGGGGGCGAUUCGAUGAGCGUUCUUGGCAAUGCGGGUGGUAGUUCUGGUACUACCAUUGGCGUUUUCAGCGCUAAUCCCAUGAUGAACAUGUCUAGCAACGUGGGAAGCGGUGGCGGCGGAGGUGCUGGUAACUCUAACAACUCGUACGGUAAUGGUCCUCCGAAUAGUAACGGGGCCGAUGCAAACCAGGGUACUCGCGAAACGGGUAUCAUUGAGAAGCUUUUGCAUUCGUACGGAUUUAUUCAAUGCUGUGAACGUCAGGCAAGACUCUUCUUCCACUUUUCUCAGUUCGGUGGUACAAUCGAACACCUUAAGAUUGGCGAUCCGGUAGAGUUUGAGAUGACAUACGAUAGGCGCACAGGGAAGCCCAUCGCGAGCCAGGUGACUAAGAUUGCACCGGAGGUUGUACUGUCGGAAGAGCGCGUCACCGGAACUGUUACCACCGAGCUCAAGACCGAGUUGUCUAAUGCAUCUUCGAGUGACACAACGACCGGUCGGAUCAGCUACGAAAACCGGGGCGAGUGCUUUUUCCUACCAUAUACCAAAGAUGAUGUCGAAGGGAACGUAACUCUGAGAGCUGGCGAUAAGGUCAGCUUUCAGAUUGCCACUAAUCAAAGGGGUAACUUAGGAGCAUGCCAUAUCCGACUGGAAAAUCCAGUUCAUCCGGUGAAAUACCGUGGUGUAGUUUGCUCGAUGAAGGACACUUUUGGAUUCAUUGAACGAGCAGACGUAGUCAAGGAGAUUUUCUUCCACUUUUCCGAGACUGAUAAUACUAUCGAAUUACGCCCGGGAGAUGAUGUUGAGUUUAUAAUUCAAACCAGAAAUCAGGGCAAAGAAGUCGCAUGCAACAUUGCCCGUCUUCCGCCGGGCUCUGUCAUCUUUGAAGAUGUUGAUUCUACUAUUUACAAGGGCCAAGUGCUGAAAUCACUGGAUCGCAAUAAUCAAUUGCGGCAACAGAACAACGAUCCGCUACCAGGACGAAUUAGAUAUAGAGCUGCCGAUCAUUCGGAAGUAGAAGUGCCAUUCGGGGACAAGGAUCAGAAGGGCGAUUUUACACUGCGUCAUGGUGACUGGGUCCAGUUUCUGCUGGCGACUGAUCGCCGUGAUCAAUUGCAGCGGGCUACAUCAAUCUCGCUGCUAGAUGAAACUUUCCAAGUCUCGGGAGAAAAACGUGAGCAAGGAGUCGUUGCAUCACUGAAGGAAGGAUUCGGUUUUCUUCGUUGUGUCGAGCGUAACCCAAGACUGUUUUUCCAUUUUACUGAGGUUUUAGAUACGAGUCGCGAGAUUUGCGUCGAUGACGAAGUGGAGUUCACCGUUAUUCAAGAUCCUGGAUCUAGCUUUGCCAACACUCGCCAAAGCGCAAUCCGCAUUAAGCAUUUGAUGCCGGGAACCGUCAAGUUUGAAACUUUGAUUGAGGGAAAUGUUGAAGGUAUCGUUUCACGAGAAGCUCCUAAAAGUCCUAUCAAAUCGCAAGAACGCACCGAGGGAGGUGUCAUUUCCUAUGGCCAAGGCCCCAACAAAAAGACUAUAAUGUAUUUCUUGAAGGAUUGUGAUAAAGCGCCGCGAGUGGGUGAUAGAGUUAGAUUCAAUAUCUGUCAAGUUAAGCGAAAUAAGGAGUUGAUUGCUACUAACAUUCAGGAAAUCACCAACAACCCCCAUCAAUUGCAGCAGCAAACAUCGCUGACUGCCACUGGAGCUGAUCAGCAACAGCUGCUCCAGCAGCAGCCAUCGUCUCAGCAGCUGCAGCAACUAGCUUCGCUUCAAACACUCCAGCAAGCGCCACAUUCGCCAAGUGCUGGCAUGAAUAAUGGAAACCGUACCAUGAAUAGCAACUCCAACAUGUUAAAGGCUAGCUAUGCUAAUGGUAAUAUUAAAUCUGGCAAAAUUCAGCACGGUUUCAUUGCUGUGUUAAAGGAAAAUUUCGGCUUCAUCGAAACUAUUGAACAUGAUCAGGAAGUAUUCUUCCACUUUAGCAAUUUUAUAGGCAACACCAGUGCUCUAGAGUUGGGUCAGGAGGUGGAAUAUUCACUAUCAACCCGCAGUGCCGUCAACGCCGGUAACUGCAUCCCGGCGGAGAACGUAAAAAUUAUCCCUAAAGGUAGCAUCCCCCAACCUAAGGUUCUGCCGGCCCUCUACAAUGGUAUAGUACUGCGUCCUCUGCGCUGCAUCAAUCCGGAUCAGCUGGAAUAUUGUGGAUUGGUUCAGGUGCGCAAUGAAAAUGGUGAUGCCCUAUCAACACACGAGUUUGGUAUUACCAGCUUGAAAAACAAGCGGGACUUGCUUCAGAAAGACGAUGUAGUAACAUUCAAGAUCGAUGAUCAGAAUCGUGCUGUCGAGAUUACAUCCAUUCGUACCAAGAAACAAGCUAAGGUCGACUCCGUUAAGGGGCUGUUUGGCUUUUUGGACUUUGAGGUCGAGGAGGGCAAAAAAUUAUUCUUCCAUAUGUCUGAAGUGCAGGGAGGGGGCAGUUUGUAUCCCGGCGAUUCGGUGGAAUUCUCCAUUGUUACAAAUCAGCGCAACGGUAAAACAUCAGCUUGUAACAUGAUCAAGGUAGCGGACAUGAACGGAAUGCGGGCAGACAGGUUGCUGUCACGUAUCAAGCUUAAUUCUGUUGACGAUAGCGGACCACGUUUGACAGUUACACGUGCACCGAAAGGACCAGAUGGUACAAAAGGCUUCCAUAUUUCAGUCAGAGCUCCACGUUUAGUUGGAAUUUGCUUGGAAUAAAAAAUACUUUACACUAUUAUUAAUGGAUAAUAACGCUAUUUUUUGUUUUAUUUUUCUAAUGAUUUAUUAUUUAAAUUAUUUAAACAAAUCUUUUUAUUGCAACCAUAUUAUCGUGAACGUAAACGCUAAGUAAUUAUUAUUUAUAAUCGACAAAAAAAAAAAACAAAAAAAGCAAACGAAACAGAAUAAUUAUCGUGUAUACACAUAGAAAGAAACAAAUGUGAAGAAAUUAGAAAAAGAAAAGCAACACAACAAAACGUAACGUAUUCAGAUAAGCAACAAAUAGAAAACAAUAUGCGCAUAAAUAGACGUGUGAGCAACGGUUAGCGGAAGGCAUAUUGGCGGAAUAUAGUAUGCUGGGUUGAAAAGAAAAAGAACAAAACUACAUUGUAUAAUCAAAACAAGCUGCAGAAAAAACAGAAGCCGAAUUUUUGUUUCAAUAUUCUUAUUGUAACUGUAUUUUUUCUUCUCUUAUUGCAAACCCUAUUGUAAAACAAGUGAGGUAAAGGCAAAGUUAUGCAUACAAGAUUAUGUAACGCCAACUGUGAACAAAAAAAAAUAACAUAAGAAAAAAGUAAUGAAAUAUUGUUUGCUAUUUUAAAAACACAUUACAGAAAGGUCGGACCGUUCUGUUCUCUAUUGUCAGCAAAGUCUUAUUUGUUAUCAAUAUUGUUUGUAAAACAUAAAUAAUUUUUGCUCUGCGACAGAGACGAGAAAGAAUAUGAGAAAGCAAAGAAUAUCCUUUUUAAAUAUUUGUUUCUACUUACACAUACCCGCAAAAAAAGAACAUUCUGAGGCCACGAUGUAUUGUCUUAUUUUGUUUGCCAAUUCAGCUGUAUCAGUUAGUAUUUAAUUUUCUUCACGCGCAAGUGAUCUAUAUUGAUUGCGUGCAAAGUUAAAGAAAAACAAAUCGUGCGCCGUGUAAGCAAAAUACAUGAUGAAAAUACAUCAUUCUUAGAAUAAUAUUAUAUUGGAAACAAACAUUAAGACAUGAAUCUAAUUCAUUGUUCAGUAAAUCGCUAAUUGUAACAUAAAAACAAGUAAAGAAUACCAAAACCUAUUUCUUUAAAAUCAGAAAUCUUCAGACUGUUAAUGCCCACGUUUCAAAGUGUCUCCUGUCUUUAGAAUUUAUUCCCUCAACUAUAAGGCAAACAUAUUUGCUUACUUACACCGAUAGCCUCUCUGAAAACAAAAUAUUAAAUGUAUUUUUGUUGUUUUUACAUCUAACUAUAUGAGGCCGUAGAUUUAGAAUGGCACUGGAUUCCUAGAGGAGUCGAAAUACGAAUCGUUAGUACCCGACGAAUGUGAUUUUUGCUUCCGAAGUGCCGCCCGCAAGCGGCUUUCUGGCAAAAACCGCAUUAGUGAACCCCUAUCCAAAGGAACCUCGCCUCGGAAAGAAUCACAUUCUGCUAAACUAGGCAAAACGCAACACACACAUAUACAAAAAAUAUAUUGCUUGAAACGUAAACGUACUAUUUAUAAGUGUGAAAAAAAACAUGAAACUAAACUAAUUUAGGGAUUCUAAUGACAACAAGGAUAGAAACGGAAUAAUAAGCAACUACAGAAAAAGUGGAAAAUAAAGAGCCCGAAACUAGCUAGGAGUGAAGCCAAUAGGAGUGGGAGGCUAUCGUUAUCAAGUAACAAACGUUUAGAAAAGCUCCCUGUUUUUUUUAAUCAUCAACUUGAUCUAGUCUUCGUAAAAAAGCAAGCAUAUAAGAAGAAAAGAAGCAACAAACCAGAAGCAUCAACAACACACAUUACUAGACCCUUCACAGCUGCAACAACUGAGCAAAGUAACAAAACAUUCACACCAAGUACACACAAUGAACUAUUUUUCUUUCCAUCGCCGAAGAAAACAUACUGAGUAAUUUUCCUGCUUCGACUCAAUUCUAGUUAUGUUGAGCAUCAUACAUUGAACCUUACAACAAAUUAUCGUACACAAACAUAAACUAAAAAAAAAGAAGGAAAAAUCAUAAACUUCAUGAGACUACGGGAUCAAAAAUUGUAUGUGAAAGCCAUUGAGUGUUAACUUUUUCACCGUUAAAAAGCAAACAUACAUAAAAGUAAACGAAAGAUAAAAAUCCUUUCGGAAAAUGUAACGAAACGCUUCUGAUUUUUGUCCCGUAUAAGCAUAUAACAGGAAAGAAAAAAUGCAGAAAUACAUACACACAGAAACAAACAGAUAAAGGAUAACAAUAAACAAAAAAUGAACAAAAAAAAAAAUUGAAAAAAAAAUUAAAAAAUCCAAUGCCAAAAAAAUGGAAUCAAUAAACAAUAUAAUUUAAACGAAAAUCUCUACUGUAACCAAGUAAACAUAAAAGAUAAAUGAAACAUUGUAAGGCUAAUUACGCAAAAAAAAUAUAAUUCAGACAACAUUGUGAAUGCAAGCAAGGAAACAAAACAAAAGGAAACCAAUAAAAAAUACAAAAAGAGAUAUG